CUCCGGCCGACUUUAGAACCGCGCACACCGGCACCGUCUGGGUUCCGCAGCCGGGUCGCGGUGCAGGGAAGCCGGGCAGAGUUGACAGGAGGAGCCGGUGUCUGCUCUGGUUCUCUGAUGGAUUUUACAUAAAAGCAGGAGAAACACUGCUGAUGCAAAUGAACGUGCGGAGCUAAUCAGCAGCUUUAACAUGAGUUUAGCAGCUUGUUACUGAACGUCGAGGCUGUUUUUUGACCUCUAGCUCAGACAUUACAGCCGCCUCUUAAAGUGCCUGUUUUUUAAUCCCAGUUUGGUUUAACUCCCUUUGAGCUAAUGGUGCUAAUUUGCGGAGCAGCAGCAGCAGCUAACCGGCUCUAGACGCAGAGUGUAUCCGCUUCAGGAGGCUCGUAACUCGGAUCCGGAUGUUCGGUGCAGACGGUCAGACUCCGCCGCUCGGUGCUAGUUUGUUUCUCGGUGUUUAGUUUAGUUUCCACUCAGAUCAGCUGCUGUUAUGAAUGUAGUCUGACCUCACACACACACACAUACACAUACACACAUACACAUACACACAUACACAUACACACAUACACUCACACACACUCUGGUCUGAGGUCAGUGUUUGUGGUUUAGGUUUCAGUCCUGAGCUUUAAAUGCAGUUUGAUCUCAGUUCUUUGGGUUCUAGUGUUGGUUUCCGGUUUAUUUAAAGGUUUUUGAGUUAAAGUUGGUUUUCUAGUUUGGUUUAAAUGUAGUCUGGGUUCUGGGUUCAGUGAGUUUGGUGUGGAACAGCUCAAAGUGUCCUUAUCUCUAUUUAUUGCAGGUUCAGGUUCAGGUUUAGGGUUAGAGGUUUUUGGUUGAAUGGGGUUAAAGUGUGUUAGAUGUUAGACCUGCUCAGCUCAUGAUGGCGGAGCUCCAGCAGACCCCCACCUCGCUGUGCUGCUGCCGUAAACCCCUCCCUGCCUCUGGGGGGCGCUGCGGGGGGGACUCGGGCCGGCCCUCGUUGGGCCCCGGGGCCCCGCGAUGCCCCCUGGUGGACGUGGCCUCGGCCUCUAACUUUCGGUGCUUCCAGCUGCGGCACCUGCACCUGGACCUGCGGCUCAACUUCGCCGUGAAGGAGAUGACCGGCUGGCUGGUCCUGGACCUGGUGCCGGUCCAGCCGGGGGUCCAGACCCUGGUGCUGGACUCCCACCCGUCCCUGCUCAUACACUCCAUAGACUGUAAGGGCCCCGGGGCCCCGCAGGACGAGCCCCUGUCCCUCACGUACCGGGUGGACCCCUUCACGGACUACGGCUCCUCUCUGAACAUCAGCCUGCCCACGACGCUGAAGACCGGCAGACUGAUCCACAUCACAGUCCGCUACACCACUACAGACGGACCAGCUAUCUGGUGGCUGGACUCGGAGCUGACCUGUGGACAGUCUCGUCCUCUGGUCUUCACUCAGGGUCACUCUGUGUGUAACCGUUCCUUCUUCCCCUGCUUCGACUCGCCCGCCGUCAAGAGCACCUACACCGCCACGGUCCGGGUCCCAGAGGGAGUGACGGUGCUGAUGAGCGCCUCCCGGAGCUCGUACUCUAAGCAGGACCGAGUGUUCCAGUUCUCCAUGGAGUUCCCGGUUCCUUCCUACCUGGUGGCUCUAGUAGCCGGAGAACUGCAGCACGUCGACGUCGGCCCGCGGAGCCGUGUGUGGGCCGAGCCGUGCCUGCUGGCGUGUGCCGUGAAGAAGCUGGGCGGUAGCGUGGAGCGCUGGUUGGCCGUUGCCGAGCAACUGUUCGGGGCGUACCUGUGGGGCAGGUGCGACAUCGUGUUCCUGCCCCCCUCCUUCCCCAUCGUCGCCAUGGAGAACCCGUGCCUCACCUUCAUCAUCGCCUCCAUCCUGGAGAGCAGCGAGUUCCUCCUCAUCGACGUCAUCCACGAGAUCGCUCACGGCUGGUUCGGGAACGCCGUCACCAACGCAACCUGGGAGGAGAUGUGGCUCAGCGAGGGGCUGGCCACCUACGCUCAGAGGAGGAUCACUACUGAGGCCUAUGGUGAGGCGUUCACAUGUCUGGAAACUGUCGUCCGAUUGGACGCUCUCCACAGACAGCUGCGUCUCCUAGGAGACAACAACCCUGUUAGCAAACUGCAGGUCAAGUUUGAGCCAGGUGUGAACCCCAGCACUCUGAUGAAUCUCUUCACCUAUGAGAAAGGUUUCUGCUUCGUGUCCUAUCUCUCUGAACUCUGUGGAGACGUGAGACGCUUCGACUGUUUCCUGAGGGACUACAUCUCAGAGUUUAAGUUUCAGAGCGUGGUAGCUCAGGAUCUCAUCGACUACUUCCUGAACUAUUUCCCGGAGCUGAAGGACGCAGCCGUGGCAACCAGAGAAGGUCUGGAGUUUGAGCGCUGGCUCAGCGGUUGCGGUCCUCCUCUGUAUGAGCCGGACCUGUCAGCAGGGGGCGCUCUGACCCGACCCGUCCAGGACCUGUGUGACGUCUGGAGGGCCGCCGACCCCCCCGACCUGCAGCUGCUCUCCACCUAUCAGCUGACAGAGUGGAGCACCUUCCAGAUCGUCCUGUUCCUAGACCGCAUGCUGGACCGCUCCCCCCUCCCCCACGAGGUGAUGGUGAGUCUCUCGUCUUCGUACUCGUCUCUGUUUGACAGUCUGAACGCUGAGGUUCAGAUCCGCUGGCUGCAGCUCGUCGUCAGGAACAACUUCUACCCUGACCUGCCCCGAGUCAGAGCCUUCCUCCAUAAACAUACAUCCAGGAUGUAUACGGUGCCGUUGUACGAGGACCUGGUUGCCGGGGUGAUGAAGUGCGUUGCCGUGGAGAUCUUCUACCAGACGCAGCGGCGCCUGCAUCCCAACUUGAGACGAACGUUACAGCAGAUCCUCUUCCAGACUGCCGCCGCGCCGACCAAUCAGAACAGCCCUGCUCUCCCCCUCAUCCCCCCCUCCCCUUCUCCAUCACUGUCCCCGUCACCCGCCGCCACGGCAACCGCCUCCUCCACCGCCAACGCCACUGCCGCUGCUGCCGGGACGACCAACGGCAUCGCUCUGCGGGACGUCAACGUGUCCGCAUGAUGACGAAGGAUUCUCCAUCAGCACGCUGGCGGUGGAGGCCGUUGCCGUGGCGAUGGAGGCCGUUGCCGUGGCGAGGGAGGCCGUUGCCCCGGUGAUGGAGGCCGUUGCCCCGGUGUUGGAGGCCGUUGCCGUGGCGAUGGCGGUGGUAGCCUUAUAACUACAGACGCUGAAAGUGUAAACACUGUGACAGGAAGUCUCACUCCGGAUCCUGAAGGUUCGAGGAGGUCGAAGGUCAUGUGAUUGUCG